AUGACUUAUACCAGCGUUAAACCCAAAGUGCUCCUUAUCGGAGGCAUUGAGCACGCGCAAUCAGCUUGGGAUGCAUUGGGGCAGUUGGCAGAGCUGGUAGAACCCAAAGCAACCAAUCGAGCCGAAUUCAUCAAAGAGUGCAAGGACGGCAAGUUUGACGGGGUGAUUGCGCUGUAUCGGACGAUUGGCUCCGUCAACCUCACAGGGUUAGUAGAUGAGGAGCUGUUGGGCGUGCUCCCCAAGUCGCUUCGAUACAUUGCGCAUUGCGGCGCGGGCUAUGACCAAGUGGACGUCCAUGCCUGUAGUGCGCGCAGUCCUCCCAUUCGGGUAUCUAACGUUCCAACCGUUGUGGACGAUGCCACUGCCGAUGUGAACAUGUUUCUCAUACUUGGAGCGUUGCGCAACUUCAACACUGGCAUGAACGGUCUGCGACAGGGCAAGUGGCGUGGCAACCCAUCACCACCUCGUGGCCAUGAUCCUCAAGGCAAGGUUCUUGGAAUCCUGGGAAUGGGUGGCAUCGGGCGCAAUCUAAAGAAGAAGGCCGAGGCUUUUGGCAUGAAGGUUAUCUACCAUAACCGCCGUGAGCUCAGCGACGAGAUGUCCGCCGGGGCUCAGUAUGUUUCAUUUGACGAGCUUUUGUCCAUCAGCGACGUGGUGAGCUUGAAUUUGCCUCUGAACAAAAACACCCGCCACAUUAUCAGCAGGGCCGAGUUCGCCAAGAUGAAAGAUGGGGUGGUAGUGGUCAACACUGCCCGAGGCGCCGUUAUGGAUGAAGCCGCUCUGGUCGAAGCCCUGGACAGUGGCAAAGUCUUCUCGGCUGGAUUGGAUGUAUUUGAGGAGGAGCCCAAGGUUCAUCCAGGACUACUGAGCAACCAGAACGUGAUGUUGGUGCCACACAUGGGUACUUGGACAAUCGAGACCAUACGUGCCAUGGAAGAAUGGACGAUCGAGAACAUUCGCAUGGCUCUCGAAGUCGGAUCACUGAAAAGCCCAGUCCCAGAGCAAGCUGACCUGUAA